AAUACACGAUGGAAGAGCGUUCAAAUCUCAUGAAUAUGAUGAAACUGAGCAUUAAAGUCUUAAUACAGUCAGCUCUGAGUUUGGGUCGGACUCUUGAUUCUGACUUCCCUCCCCUGCAACAGUUCUUUGUGGUGAUGGAACACUGUCUCAAACAUGGACUCAAAGCUAAGAAGAGUUUUAUUGGGCAGAACAAAUCAUUCUUUGGACCUUUAGAACUGGUGGAGAAACUUUGUCCAGAAGCAUCAGAUUUAGCAACAAGUGUGAGAAAUCUGCCAGAGUUAAAGACCCCAAUAGGAAGGGGCAGAGCGUGGCUUUAUCUUGCUGUGAUGCAAAAGAAACUGGCAGACUACCUAAAAGUACUCUUGGACCACAAGAAUCUAUUGAGCGAAUUUUAUUAUUAA